AUGCAUGGAAGGCCAAUACGAGUAGCUACUCUUCAGUAUCCACCGUGUACGUCCGUUACUAAGAAACACCUUGGAGAGGGAAAUGCACGACCGAUCAUACCUGCUAACUAUUCCUUGCUGAUCGACGGCACGGAGUUAUUGAUGGUCGAGGAGCUUUGUCGCCGUCACAACUGCUCGGUGGAUGUAGAGCUCGCGGCCAACGCGGGUUGGGGAGAUCUGUAUCCAAAUGGAACAUCCGAUGGUCUCAUCGGGAGUAUCAUACAUCGACGAACGGAUCUGGCUAUGGCGGCGCUGUACAAAUGGUGCCAUUGGUAUCCGCACAUCUCGAUGUCAGUGUACACUAGUCGAUCCAGCGUAACUUGUCUUGGAACGAUGGUUGUGUGGGCUACAGAACGACAACGCCAACGCUUACACCUUACCGCCAACUUCGAGAAGCGCUAUCGGCUGAUCGAUGCACUCUUCUUCAUGACGAGUCUAUACGUUGAGCAAUCCGUGCAUCUACGCAACGAUCUUUUAGCCGGAUCGAUCUUGCUAGCAUUUCUACUGUUUGGUGGGUUCAUGAUUGGCAACAGUUAUGCGGGCGCGCUGGCCUACGUAAUGACAAUUCCCCAUUACGAAAAGGUCCUCACGACAACGGCGGAUGUUGCCAACAGUGGCAUAAGGGUGGUUGCGGGAUCAACUGCGUGGAUGAACUCGCUCAUCAUGGCCGACGAGCCAAUUCUUGUGACCAUAAGAAAUCAUUUUCAGACAUAUGAUAUCGACAGCAUUGACCAGUUUAUCCAUACACGGCGUGAUAUGAGCUACAUGCAAGAGCGAUUGCAGUACGGUAGUUUCGCGUUGGAGUCCUACGUUGACAUCAAUGCCACCCACAUGGUGCAGCCGCUCAAGGAGGAAAUUUACUGGGAGCUGGUCAUUUCGAUCUGCAGGAAAACAUGGCCCCUUAUGGAUAAAUAUGACGAUUUGAUACUCCGAGUCCAACAGAACGGUAUUCAGCGACACUGGGAGUUGGAGAGCGUUAUCCGAACUACGGAACUGAAGAUUCAGCGUAAUUUGGCCAAUUUGGGAGUAACCGAUAACGGUCCAGUGAGGCUUAUGCUGGCACACCUGCUAGGCGUAUACUUUAUCCUGUUCGCUGGGCUGACUCUGGCAACCGUUUCCUUUCUGCUGGAGAUACUGAUUCAUCGAUCGAAGACGAGAAACCGUGCAGCCCAAACUAGAAAUAAGAUUUAA